GAGAAAGAAUAGGUAUUCGAAAUCGAAGUCAAAAGAAUUUGGAAGUAAAAUAUAUAGAGGUUUUCGUAGAGAUUUUUUUUAUUAAGUAGUAAUUAUUUGAAAUCGCUGUAAGUAAUCAUUAUAUAAUUUACUACACUAUUCAAUGUAUAAAUCAAUUUAACUUACAGCAAUAGAAAAUUGAAAAUUGAAAAUAAUCCGUCGUUAUUUGAGCGGCAUCUGCAAGGAACUUUAGAACGAAACUAUAAUUCUUUGAUCUGUCAUAAACCAGACCGAUUCAAGGAGUUUCGAACUAAGUCCGAACAAAAUCAAAGAAUUAUAUCGGACAUAUUUCCAAAAGAUGACCGAACCGAAGUCCAGCAGCUGUAUGCUGUGUCCAGAAGUGGACACAUCUGACAUGGUCCAGUGCGAUGAGUGCAACCAGUGGGCACAUUUCAGCUGUGUUGGAGUAACGGGGAAAAUCAAGGACUACCCGUGGAACUGUCCGAAGUGUAGCAAUUCUCUGCAAGUACCGGAGCAGAAGAAAAAUGCUACUGGCGCAGUGUCGAAAAAGACGUCCACGGAUGGGAAGAAGACGAAGUCAAAAGGAGAAUCCGCCUCUGUGAGUAGUGUUGGUUCUGCAUUCGAAAAGUCUCUCGAGAAGCUGCAGGAGGAGAUGGAUGCCAAGGAGAAGGCUAUGGAAAACGAGCGUAUUCUACGCAAAAAGCGACUCGAAAUGGAACGAGCACUGAAGGAGAAACAGUUACGCCUGGAGAAAGAACUUCGUGAGAUGGAACUACAACAAGAACGCGAGUUCCAAGAGCGUCAGCUGCAACAGGAACAAGAAAUGCUGAAUCAACGUUUGAAGGAAGAAGAAGAUUUUCUCAAGAAGCGGAAUAAGUUGCGUGAUAAUUUCGAGGUCGCUAAGGUAGGACUAAUAAAAAGACAUUCAGAAGAGGAAGUAGAAGAAGGAGCCGUAGGUGGUGGCGAAGGUUUAGAAGAAGACGCUUUCGGUGAAAAUUCUAACCAAAAGGUGGAGAAAUGGCUCGAACGUGGCAAUAGUAUGCCGGUCGUACAGCAGCUAACGGUGUCUGGGGCAAAAGGUAUGAAGGGGACGACGAGAGUAGAUGAUGGGACAAAAGGGCUUACACUCCCUGCCAGUCCGUCACAAUUUGUAGACCCGAUUCGUGGCCUGAAUCAGCUUAAGCAGGCACCUGUUGGUGGAGAUCAUAGGGACGAUCAGUUCAUACGAUUGACUCGUGAGGAGCAAAUGGCGUUGGCAGAUUUUCGAACAGGCCAAAUGAGAAACGGGCCGGGGCAGGAAAUUGUAGGGCUUUCCCAAGCACAAAUUGCGGCCAGACAAUCAGUGUCUAAACAGCUGCCAGUGUUUAGGGGCGAGGCUGAACUCUGGCCAAUUUUUAUAAGCAGCUUUGAGUACACGACUCAAGCGUGCGGGUUCUCCAACCUGGAUAAUUUAAAGCGACUGCAGGACAGCUUGAAAGGGGAUGCACUUGAGGCCGUGAGGAGUAGGUUAGUUAUUCCUGACUCGGUUCCAGACGUUAUUCGCGACCUUCAGAACUUGUUUGGGAGACCGGAGAAGCUGUUGAAAAAUUUGUUGAUGAAAGUCCGCCAAGCUAAACCACCAAGAGUUGACCGUUUGGAAACAUUUAUACAUUUCGGCAUAACGGUCAAACAACUCUGUGACCACUUAGAAGCCGCCAAGCUCGUGGACCAUUUAAACAAUCCCAUGUUGGUCCAAGAAUUAGUUGAAAAACUACCUCCAAACUACAAAUUGGAUUGGGUCCGCUACAAGCGGGAUAAAAUUGGCACCCCUUUGAGAACCUUUACCGAGUUCAUGAACGGUAUUGUCUCAGAUGUUUCCGAGGUUAGUGAAUUCUCCACUCUCGAUCUCAACGGCCGCAACGAUCGUUCCGCUAGGUUGAAGCCGAAUAAAAAAGAGUUUGUUUACGUUCACAAUUCGCCAUUCCACAAGGGGGAGACGGCCCCAAACCCGAAAAGUGAGAAGCCUUGUUGGGUGUGCAAAAGAAACGACCAUAAAAUCAGGUUCUGCGAUGACUUCCGAAAGCUCACCGUCGCCGAACGCCUUAAAGUGGUGGGAAAGUAUAAACUCUGUGAGUUGUGCCUGAAUAACCACGGUAAGAGCAGAUGCAAUUUCAAGAUAUGCUGCAACGUGGCCGACUGCCAAGGAAGUCAUCAUCCGCUUCUACAUCGUUCCGAAGUAUCAGGUCAAGUCAUGGAGUUCCAAUGCAACGCUCACAAUCGCAUGAAUCGUUCCGUUAUUUUCCGAAUGUUGCCAGUUACCUUGCACUUCGGAAACCGAAAAGUUGACAUUCUAGCUUUCUUGGAUGAGGGAUCCUCCAUCACCCUUAUAGAGGAUUCUGUUGUGAAUAAACUCAAAAUCAAUGGGAUCGUCGAGCCGCUAGUUGUCACAUGGACUGGAAACAUGAAACGUAUCGAGAAUGGUUCUAGAAAAGUUGACGUGAUGGUGUCUGCCAGGGGUUCUACCGAGAAAUUUCCACUGAGAGAAGCACGUACCGUUGGAGAGCUGAUUCUGCCGAAACAGGAAAUGCAGUUCUGUGAGAUCAAGCAGCGUUACCCUCAUUUACAGGAUUUGAGGGUCGAUGAUUAUGAUAAAGGAGAGCCGAAGAUAAUGAUCGGGUUGGACAACAUGUAUGUGUUUGCUCCGCUCGAGUCCAGAAUUGGCCAACCAGGUGAACCAAUCGCAGUUCGGUCGAAGUUGGGAUGGACAGUCUAUGGGUCAGAGAAUCGGAAUUCGUCGACGGUUGCGCUUGUGAACUUCCACGAUGCAGGAACAACAACCAAUCAGCAGUUGCACGAUAUGAUUCGCAGUCAAUAUUUGCUAGACGAGACUGGCAUAACACCGGCUGGAAUGCCGGAAUCUACUGAAGAUCACCGAGCGCGUGAAAUAUUAAAAACAACCACGGUUCGGGUAGGUGACCGCUUCGAAACGGGACUUCUAUUUCGUAAUGAUGCGGUAGUUUUUCCUGAUAGUUAUCCUAUGGCUAUAAAACGGAUGGAAGCCCUAGAGCGGAAAUUGUCGAGAAACGAAGAACUACGGCUCAAUGUAAACCGUCAGAUUGAGGAGUACCUGACCAAAGGCUACGCUCACAAGUUGACAAGCGAAGAGCUCAUCUGCACAGAUCCAUCAACUGUGUGGUAUCUUCCCCUGAACGUGGUGGUUAACCCCAAGAAACCGGGUAAAGUGCGCUUGGUGUGGGAUGCAGCAGCAACAGUUAAUGGAGUUUCUCUGAACAGCAUGCUGUUGAUCGGCCCAGACUUGUUGACGUCUCUUUUAGCGGUACUUCAACGCUUUCGUGAACGACCGGUGGGGUUUGGAGGCGACUUGAAGAAAAUGUUCCAUCAGUACCUAAUCAGAGCGAGGGACAAACAGGCGCAGCGGUUCGUCUUCAGAUCGAGUAGCAAUGAAACUCCACAGAAAUAUGUGAUGGACGUCGGAACCUUCGGAGCAACAUGUUCUCCGUGCUCAGCACAGUACAUUAAAAACAUAAAUGCUGAGCAGUUCGCCGAAGAAUUUCCUAAAGCAGCGAGAGCCAUCGUCGACAAUCAUUAUGUCGACGACUAUUUUGACAGUUGCAACACUGUCGAAGAGGCAGUACGGCUAGCAACGGAUGUAAAAUUGAUACAUUCUCGAGGAGGGUUUGUUAUGCGGAAUUGGGUAUCCAACUCAGUGGAGUUUCUGCGGCAAAUGGGAGAGCACAACAAUGAAAAUGAUGUUCAUUUCCAUAAGAAUGAUUCCGGAACUGAGCGGGUACUUGGAAUUAUCUGGAGGUCAACCGAAGAUGUUUUUUCUUUUACUAUCACUCCAAGAUACGAGCUUCAAUCUGCUCUCGCCGGAACGGAGUGUCCAACGAAAAGGAUGGUUCUCAGUUGCGUCAUGUCGAUGUUUGAUCCUCUGGGACUUCUGUCGCCGUUCACAGUUCUCGGGAAAAUGCUUGUCCAAGACUUGUGGAGAACGGGUUGUGGAUGGGACGAAAAGAUAGACGGCGAAUGUUAUUUGACGUGGAUUCAGUGGGUCAAAUUACUACCUUCGAUCGCGGAAAUUAGGAUUCCGCGUUGCUAUUUUGAGAAAGCACAAUCCCAUCGAGUGCAAAACCUACAACUUCACAUCUUUACUGAUGCAGGCGAGAAGGCGUACGGCUGCGUUGCUUAUUUUCGGGCUGUCGUCAACGAGAAAAUCGUAUGUGCACUAGUGAUGAGUCGAACUAAGGUCGCCCCGCUGAAACAGUUGAGCAUCCCUCGACUAGAGCUUCAAGCGGCAGUGCUAGGUGCCAGGUUGGCAGGUACCGUGCAGGAAAACCACAGCUUCAAGGCUCAGAAAACGUUUCUCUGGACUGAUUCGCAGACAGUGUUAUCCUGGAUCCGUUCGGAUCAGCGGCGAUACACGCAGUUCGUCGGUUUUCGCAUAGGAGAGAUCCUCAGUCGCACGAAACUGGCGGAUUGGCGUUGGACACCAACAAAGCUGAACGAGGCAGAUAAACUGACGAAGUGGAGGCGUGCAGCGGAGCUUGAUUCGGGCAGUAGCUGGUUCAAGGGACCUAGUUUUCUGUACAAAGACGAGGCAGAAUGGCCACAGCAAACUCCAGCAGGUAACACGAAGGAGGAGCUCCGAACGCGGUUCCUGUUCCACGAUGUUGAAGUACAGGACAAUUUGGUGGACGAUCAACGGUUUUCUAAAUGGAAUGAACUACUGAGGACAGUGGCUUGCGUAUACAGAUUCGUAUCGAACUGUCGGAGAAGAAUGAAGGGCUCUUCCAUAGAAACGUUGAAGGCUACAAAGAACCAGUUGAAGUUGUUGAAACCGAUAACGUGGUCAGUUGUGCGUACACCUUUGAAACAGGAGGAGUUAGAGAAAGCCGAACGUCAUCUGCUGCGUUCCGUUCAAGCCGAAGCGUUUGGGGACGAGUUGAAAAUCCUAAUUAGGAAUCGGAAUCGUUCCACGAGUGAGUGGAUGCAGUUGGAGAAGUCAAGUCCUCUGUACAAGCUCACACCACUAGUCGAUGAGCACAAUAUAAUUCGGAUGGAAGGGCGCACAGAGAAGGCUGAGUUCCUGCCAUUCGACCUACGCUUCCCAGUUGGUACGGUGGUGCAGAAAAUUUCGAAGACGUGUCAGUGGUGCAAAGUUCACCGCAGUAAACCACGGGUUCCUAGAAUGGCAGCCUUGCCAGUACAACGACUACAACCGUAUCGUCGACCGUUCAGUUCCGUCGGCGUCGAUUACUUGGGUCCGGUAAACGUCUCCGUAGCACGACAUAGUGAAAAGCGUUGGGUAGUUGUGUUCACCUGCUUCGUUACACGCGCUGUCCACCUGGAAGUAAGCGGAAGCCUGACGACGCAGUCCUGUCUGAUGGCUAUUCGACGUUUCAUGAAUCGCAGAGGACCACCCCAGGAAUUCUUCUCCGAUAAUGGAACCAAUUUGAAAGGAGCAAGCAAAGAGUUGACGAACCUAAUUAACGAUAUUAACUGCGACUGCGCAGAUGACUUAACCAAUGCGCGUAUGAAGUGGACUUUCAAUCCACCAGCUGCCCCACACAUGGGUGGGGUCUGGGAACGAUUAGUCAGAUCCCUCAAAGAGGCAUUGGAAGCAAUGAAUGACGGGAAGCGGUUGACAGACGAAAUUCUACACACAUCAGUGACGGAGGCAGAAGAUAUGAUAAACUCGAGGCCGCUAAUCUACGCUCCCCAGGAAAUAGCGGAAGCAGAAGCGCUUAGUCCCAUUCAUUUCUUGAGGGGGGUUUCACCGAACGAACCGCAGAUGGUUUCUCCUACACCUCUUCCGGCAGAGGCUCUGCGGGAUGUAUACAAACGUUCGCAGGAGUUGGCACAGGAGAUGUGGAUCCGGUGGAUUAAGGAAUAUGUUCCUUCGCUGAACCAGCGGACCAAGUGGCACGGAGAAGCAAGAGCGCUGAAGAAGGGUGACCUGGUAUAUGUGAUCGAGGGGUCUAAGCGGAGAUCCUGGGUGCGAGGAAUAAUAGAGGAGGUCAUAGCAGCGAGUGAUGGUCGAGUGCGACAGGCGUGGGUCCGAACGAGCAGUGGCUUAUUUCGGCGAGCUGUAGCGCAGUUGGCAGUGAUUGAGAUAAACGAUAGAUGGUAA